AGAGGACAGGAGCGAGAGCAGAGGAGGAGAGGAGGAGAGGCUGAAAAAGGGCGGACGAGAGGAGGACAGGAAGAGAGGAAGAGGAGAGGAGCGGCACCUGGAGGAUGCUCUGGGGUCUCCCAGCAGGCCUGUGAAGAUGAGUGUGACUUCCUGGUUCCUGGUUAGCAGCUCAGGCACUCGACACCGCCUCCCUAAGGAGAUGAUCUUCGUGGGCCGAGAGGACUGUGAGCUCAUGCUGCAGUCACGCAGUGUUGACAAACAACACGCUGUCAUCAACUACAACACAACCACUGACGAACAUCUGGUCAAAGACCUGGGCAGCCUGAACGGGACGUUUGUAAACGACCUGAGGAUUCCUGAUCAGACUUACAUCACCCUGAAGGUGUCUGACAUUGUCCGCUUCGGAUAUGAUACUCAUGUCUACGUCCUAGAGAAAAGUCAACACAAAGUCCCAGAGGAGGCUCUGAAGCACGAGAAGUACAGCAGCCAGUUACAGAUGAGUGUUAAGGUUUUAGAUGAAAAGAAAACUGAACAGGACGAUCAGAUGAGAGCUGAAAAAACCCAGAGCGGUAAAACACAAGACGCUCCCGGGUGUCAACCCACUCCUCUGUACGGACAGCCGUCCUGGUGGGGAGAGGAGGAUUAUGGGAGCAAAGUUCAGCACAGCGAAGAACCACAUCCAGUGCAGAGGGAUGUUCUGUCUGUGGAUCCAGAUUUUACUGGAGCUCUGUCAAAUUCCCAAACAAAGAUGUUCCCCUCAUACCACCGGGAAGCGAGCUACUUCGAGAUCCCCACCAAGGACUUCCAGCCUCCCCGAACCUCAGGGGCGGAGCUCCACGAAAUCCCCACCAAGGACACAGAUACGCCCCCAGCCCCGCCUUCCCCUCCCACCAAGACCAUGCCUGUUGUUCAGAGCCACGCCUCCUUCACCAUUGAGUUCGACGACUGCAGGCCCGGAAAAAUCAAAAUCAAAGACCACGUCACUAAGUUCUCCACCCGCCAGAGGAGGCAGCAGGCUCCGCCCCCCAUGACGAGCAUCACAGCGACACCUGCCGAGGUGAUGUCUUCAGAGAGCAAGGUGGCUGAUUGGCUCGUCCACAGCGAUGUCAGCAUGAUGAGGAGACGUCCGACAUGUGAAGACGUUUACAGCACAAAGAGCGACCUCGCCAUGAACAUCAAGACCCUCAAAGGUCACCAUCAUGAGGACGGAACCCAGAGCGACUCAGAAGACCCAGUUCUCAAUGGAAGGAGUACAUCCCACCACUCCGUCCAAUCAGAGCAGUCUGAGGUGUUGCAGCAGACUGUCCAAUCAGAUCAGUCUAUCUAUUGUCAACCGCCUGCUCCUACACAGAAGCUCCAGCAGCCACUGCAGUACUCUCCACCAGCCUCACCUGUGGCCCCAGAGCGGCCCCUGUCCCAGAGCCCUACCCAAGCUCCAUCCCCCACCACAGAGACACAAAGGCAGGGCCCUCCUGAGAGCCUCGCCCAGCAGGCCUUCAUCAUCGAGUUCUUCGAUGACAACCCACGCAAAAAACGCUCACAGUCCUUCACGCACAACCCUGCCCACGCCGACUCAUACUCUGCCCUGAAGGCCAAGAUGGAGAGGCGCAAAGUCAGCGAGAGGCCGGCAUCUGUUCAUGGCCACAUCCCCCCCACCCAGCAGAUGACGGUUCCUCUGAAGGGUCAGAGCCACAGUGGACCCCAGAGGUCGAGCUCUUUAAAGAGAGAGAAGACAGAGGGGGAGGCGGCUUCAUCAAACUCCUCCUCUCGCUCUUCUUCGGGCAUCGUCAUCAGACCCUUUGGCAGCGUCGGGAAGAAGUCCAAGCUUGCCCAGGAGUUUGCCACUGAAUUCCUGAAGGAUUCCAGUCAGCUGGACUCUUCCCCAACAAGGGAAAUGUUGUUAACUCCACCCAUGUCUGCGCCGCCAGUGAUGGUGUCGCCUCCUCAUGCAAGGAUUCCCUCUCCACAAGAACCUCCAGCCCCAUCCUCUGUCUCCUACCCCUCGUCCCCCUUACAGCCUCUAGCAGCUUUAAAGUCUUCCAUUCCCGCUAAUGCAGGACAGACCACCUCUCCUGUGCCCUCCUCUGGACCUCACAUGUCCUCAAUGCUCUCCCAUGGCGUCCGUGCAGAAGACAUGAAAGGUUCCCAGAGGAUGGUGAGGAACGAGGAGGAUGACAGUCUGAGUGAUGCCGGAACCUACACCAUAGAGGCAGAGUCCCAGGACCAGGAGGUGGAGGAGGCUCGCAACAUGAUCGAUCAGGUGUUUGGUGUCCUCGACUCUCCCGAGUACAGUGGUGUGAACACAGGAGUGUAUAGACCUGUAAUAAAUGAUGGCAAGGAUGAACAAGCUAACCUGCCUAGUGAUGGUAGCACUGUGGACCUGUUGCAUGGCUUUAUCCCAGCUGCAAUCAGUGUUCCCCCAACAGGCCCCAUACAGGUAAAACCACUGGAAACCUGUGUAGCAUGUUCUGAUCCCAGUGCAUGCAGACUGGUAUUCCCCAAGUUUCUCCUGGUUCCAGCUGCUCAUGUACAAGGUCUAGAAGGACCUAAGUGGGUUUCCCGCUGGGCCAGUCUGGCAGAUAGCUAUGCUGAAUCCGGUUCCACUCCACCUCAAGGGGAAGGUCUAGAAGCUUUACGCUUCAUGAGCAGCGCGUUGGGAACUUACAGCCACGAACCCUCUGAGCCUGAGUCCAGUCACAGCUCCAGGACCAGAAGGCUGCUGCCCCAGGUGCCUCCGGAGAAGCUGGAUAGUGUCGCCCCGAGUAUCUUGAUUCGUCAUGAAUCUUACCAAGGCCAGGAACCUCUGGACAAAGUGUCUGGUUCUCCCAACCGACAGGACUCCACCCAGCAUCUGUCUGUUCAGGAUGACGUGGACCCAGACAGCCUGAGCGACGCCAGCCGCUCAGAUGAUGGACCAGUUCUGGAAAAGGCAAAGAAGAAACCUGAUCUCCUCGUCAGAUCAGGAGCUUUGUCUCAAGGGGUCACUGGUCCUCAGGUUAGAGGUCAAGGGAGAGUGUCUCCAUCCAACAAAUCCACAUCCUUCUACAUCGGUUCUGAAGACCAUCCAGGCAAACCGGACCAGCUCCAGAGCCCCGUACAGUCUGAGAGGACGCGAGACCCCCCAGCAAAAACUCCCCCUACCACAGUUCUGAUACGACACUUGAGUGGACAUGAACCCAGGAGGACAGGUGUCAAACCCAACAGCUCUGCUCCAAACCUCCAAAUACAGGACAAGGAUUCUGUCCCAACUAAAGACAGCUGCAUGUCGUCAUUUGUCCGGCAGGAGAGCUUUACCAAAGACCGGCCCAGCGACACCGUCCAGAUGAAAAACCUUCCCCACAUCUCCAGCCACCCAUCCAUCAGAGACAUGGAGCAGAGGAGGGAGAACAUCCAGGACGCACAGUCCUUCCUUCAGGAGGCUGGGGGAACUUUGUCUUCUCUGGACACCAGGCUCCCCUCAUCGGGUUUUGGUCGCAGCUCAAAGAAAGGGGGCUCCUCCAGCCACAUGGACGACUCCCUUUCUGGUGAGUCAGAUGUGGACACUGCAAGCACCGUGAGCCAAGUCAGUAGCAAAAAUGCUCCAGUCAGCUCAGCUUCUAAAAAGCGUCCUGCCAUCAGCAGCCUUAAGAAGGAGAAGUCCUCUUCCAGCUCAGCCAUCCAAGAAAAGGGACGGCAGCUCACUGCCCGUGAACGACUUUCUGAGAAACGGCAAAGCCAGACAACUCCUCAUGUCUCAAGUAAAAGUGAAGCGGAAAAGCGCUUUCAAAUGCGUCGCAGUACCGGGAACUGUGGCUCUCUGGAUCUCUCUGAGGGCCAGCCGAGUUCUGGUACCAACUGGACUGAAAGUACGUCAUCCGACCACGAAAGUUCUCGUCCGUCCAACCGUAGCAAGAAACUAAUCAGCCCUCUUCAGAAAGAGGAUGCUGAAAAAACAGCCAAGACAGUGACUCAGCAGAUCCUGACACGUUCCAACAGCCUGUCAGCACCACGGCCGACCCGAGCCUCCAUGCUCCGUCGAGCACGACUGGGUGAGGCUUCAGACACCGAAGGUGCUGAGACUGACCGGGGAUCCCAGAAUUCCGACAAUAUCACCGCACCGCCCAAACUCUCCGGAGAAGGGAAGAAGAUGUCCAGACUGGACAUCUUAGCAAUGCCCCGGAAGAGGACCGGCUCCUUCACAGCUCCCAGCGACAAUGAAACAUCCUCCACGGUCCGGUCGGCUUUCUCCAACCGCAGCUCCGACUCGGCUUUCUCCAACCGCAACUCCGAGUCUGCUUCCACCACCAGGAAGGUGAGCGACGCCCGGCAGGCCGCCAGCAGGCGAGCUGGAGCUCCUGUGAAGCAAACAUCCAGCCACAGCCGGUCCAGUGGAGCAAAGUAUCCCAGCACUGGUUCGCGUCGCAGACAGAAGGAAUCUGACUUCUCGUCCUCGGAGGAAGAAUACGAGAUGAACGCUUCCAAAGCGAAGCGCUCGUCUCAUCACUCAGCGUCUGCACAGAAUCCCCGAGGCCGGCGGUCCAAGUCCGUGUCCCUGGAGACAGAGGCGGAGGACGACCUGAACGAGGUGGACCCUUACCAGAACUGGUCCACGCACAGCGCAGAGAUCGCCAAGCUCAGUCAGGACCUGGCCAAAGAUCUCGCCAUCCUGGCCAAGGAAAUCCACGAUGUGGCCGGAGAUGGAGACUCGCCGAGUUCGGGCCCGGGAGCCACCACCUCGCCCAGCCCACUGCCGAAUACACCAGCCUCCACCAUCUCUGCCAGGGAGGAGCUGGUCCAUCAUAUCCCUGAGGCCAGUUUAAACUACCAGAAGGUUCCUCCAGGUUCGUCUGUCGUCUCCGACCUGGACGCAAACAUGAACGAGCCGGAGCCUGGUUCUAAACAGCGACGUCCGUGGAACCGUGAAGAGGUGAUUCUGGACAAUCUGAUGCUGAAUCCCGUGUCCCAGCUUUCUCAGGCCAUCCGCGAGAACACAGAGCAGCUGGCUGAAAAAAUGAAGGUUUUGUUCCAGAACAAGGCUGAGGUCUGGGAGGAGAUCGAGGCCAAGAUCAACGCUGAGAACGAAGUGCCCAUCCUGAAAACCUCCAACAAGGAAAUUACCUCAAUCUUGAAAGAGCUGAGGCGAGUCCAGAGGCAACUGGAAGUAAUAAACACCAUUGUGGAGCCCGGUGGAAGUCUCCAGAUUGCGGCUGUUGGGACGUCCUCACUGGGGACGUCCUCUCUCUGUCAGACUCGUCCUUCAUCAAAGGAGAAGAAACCUGCCUCCAAACCCCGGAGCCCCCCCCAAACAUCCAACAGCAAUGAAAGCACCAGACGACCGCCUCGUGGCCCCAGCGCGUCCCAUCACAAGGCCUGA